UUCCGGCGUGGCGUCACAGGCGAAGGGGCGGACGACCCGGUUUCCUUCCUCUUGGCGUGCUUUGCCGGACGCAGCUGGCGGCGUGACCCGGUGCGAUGGCGCAGGGCAAGCAGAAGUUCCAGGCGCGGAAGGCCGGCCCCGCGGGGAAGAAGGCGGCUCCCUCGGCUGCCCGGGGGCCUCGCAAAGGAGGCCGCGUUAUUGCUCCCAAGAAGGCUCGUGUGAUCCAGCAGCAGAAACUAAAGAAGAAUCUGGAAGUUGAAAUCCGUAAGAAAAUUGAGCAUGACGUAGUCAUGAAGGCCAGCGCAAAACUACCAAAGAAACUGAGUGUUCUGAAGACCCCAAAAUCGGAAACCUCAAAGGAUCAAGGUCACUCCAGCAAGUCAUAGCUUGGUGGAGUCAGGGAUGAUGGGUUACCACUUAUGGUGGUGGUUAUUGACUUUAUCUAUGGCAGUCGUCUUGCGAGAAGCUGGGUGGGAGUCUCCAAUGUGACAUUUCAGUUGAUCAGCAUAAAGGAUUUCCUUUCACAAGAGAAAUACAUGAACAGCGACUGGCCCUGCUCCUAGAUUAUAGUAACAGCUGUAGUUUUCAACUCUAACCUCAUAAUGUACUGUGAGACUCCAAUAUCCUCAUGGGAUACGCUCCCAGUCGGACCAUGGUUUCCCGAAACCACAAAUACAAUUGAACUGCAUUGUGCAACAGGGUAUAUACCGUAAAUCUAAGACUAUCCUUUGUAUGUAUAAAGUCUAUACAUAAUGCAGCUUACAUAAUGCAACAUACGCAGCUGUAUGGUUGUAUCUAGGCUUAGUCAUGCUGGGACCCAAUAAGUCAUGCUGGAUCAGUGGGACUUAAUUUAGGGAUGACUAACUAGUCCCAUGGAUUUCAGUGGAUUCAGUCUAAGCAUAAUGGAGCCUCUUGUCAACCUGUAAGCUUCAGUAUCUAUAUAAGAGGCAGCCACUGUUGAAUUAACACAAUCUCAGUCUACCAUUUAAAUAUGUUCUUAAGAUGUCAGUGAAUGGAAGGUCCCAGCAUCCCUGGCUAGCAGUGGCAAAGAGUGCUGGGAGUUGAAGUCAAGUGACAUUGAGAGAAAAGCACAAUUCACCUUAACCUACAUUCUGGGACAGGUAUGUUUUCAAAUUGGAAAUUUCAAACUAAUGUUUUUUUAAAAUCUUAAAUUGCUUUCUUCCCACGAUUACUGCAAAACCUUGUUUAUGAGGAAACAAUACUAUUGUGUUGCAUUUUAAAAAAUUCAAGAGAUGUAUUUUUAAUAAAGUGGAGUUGUAUCAGCA